CGUGGUCCUCCUUGAACAUCCACUUCAUGGUGCAGGCGGGCAGGGAGCGAAGCCAGAGGCGGCGAGGCCCGUGUGCGGGGGGCGGGGGCUCGUGCCGGGCCUGUCGCUGUCACGGUCCCUGUCACAACAACAGCCGCGGCUCGGCAGGCGGGACUUCCGGCUCGCCUGUUCCCCGGCAACCGCUUGAGCAGCCGCGCUUCCGGCCGGGGAUCGCGGGGAGGGACUGUGGCAUCUGGACGCGGAGUCAGCUGCCGGGUGCGAAGCCUCCCGCAGGGCUCCCGGGGCACUCGAAGCUGCUCCACAGACUGCAUCGUCCCGGCAGGUUUCUGGCUGAAGCAGAGCGCGUACCUGGAGCAGCCCACUGUUCGUUUCCGGUACGAGGCUCUCUUCGUCGCCACCGUCGGGUCCGGCCCGGGCAGCUUCUUGGCGUGGAGCACAUUCCCAGCGUUCAACAGGCUCCAGGAGGACCGGCUCCGAGUCCCGCUCCUGUCGGUAGGCCUGCCGGGGGCGGCCCGGCAACACUGGCGAGAAGCGAGGCUGCAGAGUGGGGCCAGUGGACCGGCAGCCGGCUCAGGGCACGAGUGCUGAUGGCGCUUUUGAGCGGGUGGCCCGUCAGGCACUGCUGCAUUCAGAUGAGAGAAGAAGACAAAAAUCAAGAUGGCAAAAUGGAUCAGUUGCAUUUUAAACUGGAACUUCCAUUACAACCAACAGAGCAUGUAGUUGGCGUUCAGCUGAUUCUACUCUUUUCCUACCAGCUUUAUAGAAUGUCAACAUUUGUGAUGCAGAGCAUGGCUUUUCUUCAGUUUUUUUCUCCUGUGCCAGGGUCUCAACUCUAUAUGAAUGGAGACUUGAAAUUAAACCAGAGGCAAUUACUUAACCACUGUGGACUGGAUACCAGAUACAAUGUGUCUGUGGUCAAUGGCACAAGCCCUUUUGCAAGUGACUAUGAUCUGGCAAACAUCAUUGCAGCAUAUUGGGAUAGAAAUGUGACAACAGUCUUUUCAGAUCCCAGCCCUGUUUGGAUGACUGGAAGAGCAACGGAUAUGCCAUUUAUCAUUAAUGCCACUAUUCAUUACCCAGUGGAAGUUAUCUUAUAUCAGCCAGGAUUUUGGGAAAUUAUGAAAUUUGCCUGGAUCCAGUAUGUCAGCAUCCUCCUUAUCUUUCUUUGGGUGUUCGGUAGGAUUAAGACAUUUUUGUUCCAGAAUCAGGUGUUGACUACAAUUCCAGUAUCCCCAGUUCUGCCUGUAUCUCCAGUACUAUCCUAUAAACAGCACCAGUCCUGAAGAGAUGCCUGAGAAGACUUUAUAGAAAUGCCAUUCAAAAAUAGUUACCUGAUUUUAUUCUCUAUACACUUCUUACUUCAGAAGGUCAGAAUUUUGUAAGUAUAUUUUAAGUAUGCUCUGUUUGUGCAUUGUUUUUUAAAAUACAUGUUAAUUCACCUAAUUUCUUUAGGAACACUGCUUUGGAGCUGGAAAAGUUUAUAUAUUUGACAGUAAAAAACAGCCUAGUUAUUUUUUUGCAACUGGAGUAUGCGUUAAAAACCAUUUUGAAAACUGAAAAUAAAAAUACGCUAAAAGUAACAACAUUAACUGAUUUUACUUCUUGUAAAUCAAUUCACUGCACUCUUAGAGUUGUCAAGAGUUAUUUGUACAUGCAUUUAUGUAUGUGCACCAUGAAGUGGAAAACUGCAGGGAUGAGUUAAGGUCAGAGAUGCACUUCUGUAACUGUGACUAUACUUAAUCAGCAAUUUAAUUAUUAAAUUGGAUGAUGAAUAAAUUCAAGGUUGAUGUGAGAAA